AUGGCUGCACACACUCCAUAUCGACAAAUCCGCGCCUCAUACACACAACAAACCAUCACCGUCUACCAAGCAUACAAGCAAUCCAUUGCCGACGCCGCUGUCAAGCACCAAAAGCUCAAUGCCUCUCCUGAAUUUCGUCCCAGUCGAAUGACGUGGGUUAAACCAAGCUGGAGUUGGAUGAUGUACCGUGCGGGAUAUUCCUACAAAGAUCCCGGCCAAGAGCGCAUAUUGGCAUUGAAGAUGAAACACGAACAUUUUAUAGCUCUACUUGAGAAAGGUGUGCUGUCUACGCACAACGCUCCUGUUGGCUCGGGGAACGGGCAUGCGCGUGAUAAGGCGAGCGAGGUUAGGAUCCAGUGGGAUCCGGAGCGAGACGAGAGAUUGCAGGCGUUGCCGUAUAGGAGCAUACAGAUUGGCAUUCCGGGGUCGUUGAGUAAGACGUGGGCGGAGGAGUGGAUUGCAGAAAUCGAGGACGUUACUGAUAAGGCGAGGGGGUUGAAGGGUGUGCUGGAUGAGAAGGAGGAUGUUACGAGGGAAGAGUUGGUGGAGAUGGGUUAUGUUCCUGAGGAGAUAGUUUUUGAAGUAUCAGAUUCUAUCAAGGGGAGACUGAGGAUGGAUGUGUCUGGUUAG